UGCUCCGCUCGAGCCUCUACUGUACUUCAAGCACAGCUACUUCCUACUUCAAUCCAAACCAAGAUGAUGAAUGAAGGAAAAUCUCUGUCCGAAGCACUGCUGUCUGCCAAGGCGGAGGGGCGCCUCACUGUUGGCGUCUAUGAAUGCGCAAAAAUAAUGAACGACGACCCUGAUAACGUGUCUUUCUGCCUUUUGGCCACUGAUGACUUUGAGUGCGACAUCGCUCUCCAGAUCCAUUUUACUCUGAUCCAAGCGUUUUGCUUUGACAACGACAUCAGCAUCGUCAGAGUAAACGACCUGAAACGUCUCAACGCUCUUGUUGGUGCCAAGGGUCAACUCGAGGACGCUCACUGUGUCCUUAUAAUGAACCCAGCUGAGGACUCAUGGGAGGAUCCAGCUCUGGAGAAGCUUCAUCUGUUCUGUGAAGAAAGUCGCAGCUAUAACGAGUGGGUUCCUGAGAUCACUCUGCCCGAGCGUUGAUCUGGAGCUUUACUCUUCUCUGUUGAGAUGCUGUAAACCUUGA